AUGCGUCCCUUUGCAGCUCUUCUCGCCAGCGUCCUCGCUGCUGGCGCGUCGGCCGAUGGCACCAACUACCUGGGGUUCAACUCGGGCGCAACCCUCGCGGAUCGCUCGGCCAAGUUCAAGGCGGACUGGCUCGCCGAGUUCAAGACGGCGCAGGCUCUGAACGGCGCCCCCGGCAAGUUCAACGCCGUCCGUCUGUACACCAACAUCCAGGCGUACUCGGAGUCGGACCCGAUCCAGGCGUUCGAGGCGGCCAUCGACACCAACACCAAGAUCCUGCUCGGCAUCUGGACCUCAGGUACCGACAGCAUCGACAAGGAACUCACUGCGCUGAACAAGGCCGUCAAGAAGUACGGCAAGAAGUUCACCGACCUCGUGAUCGGCAUGUCCAUCGGUAGCGAGGACCUGUACCGCGACUCGGAGACGGGCGUCAAGAACAAGGCCGGCGUGGGUGCCGGCCCCGAGGUCAUCCUCAACUUCAUCAAACAGUACAAGGAUUCGGUGUCCGCCACCGACCUCAAGACCGUCCCCGUUGGCCACGUCGACACCUGGGAUGCCUGGACCAACGGCACCAACAAGGCCGUGAUCGACGCCGUCGACUGGCUGGGCGUGGACGAGUACCCGUACUACGAGAGCGGCAAGGGCAACGACAUCAAGAACGCGGGCACCCUCUUCGACCGGGCCUUCAACGCCGUCGUGGGCGUGGCCGGCUCCAAGCAGAUCUGGGUGACGGAGACCGGCUGGCCCGCGACGGGCAAGGACUGGGACCAGGCCCACCCCAGCGUCGAGAACGCCAAGUACUACUGGGACGAGGUCGGCUGCCGCAAGCUGUUCAACAAGGUCCCCACCUUCUGGUACAACCUGCGCGACUCCAACCCGGACAACGAGAUGAAGUUUGCCAUCACCAACAACCUCUCCACCAAGCCCCUCUUCGACCUCACCUGCCCCACCCACUUCGACACCCCCACCGGAACCUCGACUUCGCACACCAGUGCUUCCUCUACUGGUGCUUCGACCCCCGGUUCUUCGUCCACCGGCGGUGCUUCCUCCGGCAGCGGGUCUGGCUCCGGCUCCGGCACUGGCUCCCAGACUGGUAGCGGCUCGGAGACUGCGCCCAGCCCGUCGCACACGGGUGCUGCGUACAUCGGCAAGAGCUUGUCGGGCGCGGCGGUGGUUGGGUUGGCCGUUGUUGCGGGUGUGUUUGCCCUGUUUUAA